AUGAUUGUCGCUCACGCUCCAAAAACUUAUUUCGGUUCAGGAGAUAUUCAAAAAUCAUUGGGUUCUCUUCCUGGAUUUCCAUGGGCAAAAUAUCCCGGAGAAAAACAUCUUCCCGGUCAUAAUUACACUGGUCCAGGUACUAGGUUAGAUCUGCGAUUAGACGAAAACGAUAAACCCAAACCCGGCGAAGAACCAGUCGAUACAGUUCACGCCGCUGCGCUUAAACACGACAUACUGUACAGAAACAAAGACAUAAACUUCAGACACGAAGCAGACAGACAAAUGAUAAUCGAACUUGAAAAUAUUCCAAAUCCAACUUUCAAAGAGAGAAUGCAAAGGGUUCUGAUCAUAAAACUGUUAAAAGCAAAGAUGAAAUUGGGCAUGGGAUUAGCGGAUGAAAUUCAUAAAGAAUUUAGAAAAACUAAAAACUUUUUAAAAGUUAAAGUAAAAGUUGAUUCAUUAUUCUUCAAACACUCACUUUCAUCUAAUAAAAAAUUUAACGCUCAAAAAGCUCUUCAGUUUAUAAAUUGUAGAGACAAUGUAGAAAUUAAAGAAUAUGAAAGUAACGAAAACACCAAGGUUAAUCACUUAUAUGAAAUUAAAACGAGUGGAAAAUAUAUAGAUAGGUUUAGAAUGUUAAUCAUACCAGAUAAUAAAGAAGAUGUACUUUCAUUGAGUGAUUUUGAUAUGAUAUUGCAGUCGAAAACUUCACCAUCAAUGAAUAUCAUUAGAAAUCCAGAACCACAAAUAGAAGAAUCAUUUACCAAUUAUGACUUUUUACGAAUGACAAACUUUGAAUACGUAAAACUAUUUUUUGUUAAUAAAAGUUUUUCACACGAACAUACCUCUUUAACUGAUUUAUUUACCUCAAUCGAUAUUCAUAAAAGUCAACAAGAUAAACAAUUUAUAAUAUUUUCAUCAAUAACUGAACGUAAUGAUGGAACAGAAGUUGGAGGUAUAUAUACCUGUAGAUGUAUGAUAAGAAUCAAUAUCGAAAAACCAAAAUUUUCAGUUCAUCUGAAUAAGAUUAAUGAUUCGAAAGAACAAAUAUCCUUAGUAAGUGUUAUAGUUGUUUUUAAUAAACCUGAAAUAAUUAUAACAGAUAAUGAAAAAAUAAAGAAUGCACAACUUAUUGGGCAACCUAUUAAAGAUGUUAAACACUUUCCAUUUUUUUGUGUAUCAGAAGUUCACUUAAUUUAA